AUGUCUUCCUUAGAAGAUAUGAAUAUUGAAGAUCAGGAUGAUGAUGAAGAAAAUCAAGAUCAAGAUGCUGAUACUUCUCAAGGUUUUGAAUAUGGUGAUGUAAAUCGACAUUUAGACAGCCCUGCCUCCGACAAAAACAUUGCAGAUACAUUUGCAAUCUUGGAACUCAGAUACAAUGUUGAUAAAGUCGAUUCCAAAUUUGACAUUGUCUGCUCUAAAGUCACAUCAUUUGACACUAAAGUCGAUUUGGUCAUCAAAACUCUUUCUAAGAUCAAAGUUGUUGCUCCUACCGUAACCAACAGAGGCAACCAAUUUGAUCAAGUUAAUUCUCUUUUUUUAAGUUGCACAUUGGAAGACGCUAACCAAUGUUAUAAAGAUAAUCUUGAUCAUUACACCUCCACUCUCAACAUGAUGCUCAAAAUUCAUGAUGACAUGAUGUCUGCUACAAACGAACUCACCAAGCAGACUCAUGUUCAUCACGAGAAAGAAUUCAAGGGUUGGAGAAAAAGAUCAAACAAAAAGAUGGUUUUAAUAUGA